UCUUUCUGCAAGCCUGAAGUCAGCACAUCAUGUCAGCUCUAUCCCAUCUGCUUGGUCUGCUUUCUGUUCUCCAGGGACUUCCCUGCCAGCUGCCCCCUAGCCAUUACUGAGGGCUUUCCCUCCCAUGUUCUGUUUCUCUCACUGGCUGCCCAGUGCUCCAGCCAAGUCCCUGCACCAGGACAGCCAUGGGAGGACCCAGCACAGCCCUUCCUUCUGCACCAGGAAUCACAUGGACCACAACAUGCACAUAAUACUGGAAAAAAGACACCUUGCUCUGUUCUUGUAGAUGAAAUAGGAGCUUCAGAUUAAGUUAAUCCAAUUUUCUGAAUAAAAUAGGUUGCUUUUCUGGCAGGUAAAAAUGUACAUGUGGUCCAAAUGGAAGUAAACAAGACCUGAGAGCCCUUUUCUCUAUGCAAAGCCGCUUUCCCACAAGGUGUGCUCAGGUGAUGACAGAAGGGCUAUAAAGGAAGCCCCAGGAUGCUCAUACCCACAUUCUGGUUUCUGAUCCAGCCAUGGCCAUAACAAGCUUGCUGCAGUGCGUGGCCAUCAGCUCGCUGCUCUAUCUGGCAGCAGGGCUGGCCAUUCUCCUUUACUUCACCAUCAGCUGGAAGAAGAGAGUUUGCAAUUUGCCUCCCGGGCCACAACCUCUUCCUCUGAUUGGAAACUUGAAUGUGGUGGACCUGAAAAAGCCAUUCCAGUUGCUGACAGAGCUCUCCAAGCUAUAUGGCAAUGUCUUCACCGUGCAUUUUGGACCCAGGAAAGCUGUGGUGCUGGCUGGAUACGAAACCAUCAAGGAUGCCCUUUUAAAUCAUGCUGAAGAAUUUGGAGAGAGAGCAGAAAUACCCAUAUUUAGGAAAAUGACACGAGGAAAUGGCAUAGCAUUCAGCCACGGAGAGUUAUGGAAAACUAUGAGAAGAUUCACCUUGUCCACACUGAGAGAUUUCGGAAUGGGAAGGAGAACGAUUGAGGUCCGAAUCCUUGAGGAACUAAAUUCUCUAAUUAAAUAUUUUGAAUCUUAUCAAGGGAAACCAUUUGACACGAAGAUGAUCCUCAACAAUGCUGUAUCCAACGUCAUCUGCUCUAUUCUGUUUGGAGAGAGGUUUGAGUAUGAUGAUCCAGCAUUUCUCACUUUGCUGAAGCUGUUAAAUGAGAAUACCAAGCUGCUGGGCUCUCCGAUGGUGCUGUUAUAUAAUUUCUACCCAUCCCUUGGAUUUCUCUUUGGAGCUUCCAAGACCGUGCUACAAAAUAUCAGUGAGCUGAGUGCUUUCCUCCAGAAACUCUUCAAGGAGCACAAAGAAGAAUUUAAUGAGAAUAACUUAACAGGCUUCGUUGAUGCCUUCAUGAUGAAGCAACAACAGGAGUCAAAGAAGCCCCACAGUAUGUUCCACAACGAAAGCCUGCUGUUUUCAACCCUGGAUCUCUUUGCUGCUGGGACUGAGACUACUUCUACAACCAUGCGCUGGGGUCUCCUUCUGAUGAUGAAAUACCCAGAAAUUCAGAAGAAAAUUCAGGAAGAAAUGAACCAGGUCAUUGAACCGGGGGAGAUGCCGAAGCUGGAGGACCGGAAAAAGAUGCCUUACACGGAUGCGGUGAUACACGAAAUACAGAGAUUUGCCAAUAUUGUCCCAAUGGGUGUGUCACGAUCAACACCUACGGAUGUGAAUUUCCAAGGUUAUGUGAUUCCUAAGGGUACAGAGAUUAUACCGCUGCUGACCUCUGCUCUGAAUGACGAGCUGCACUGGAAAACCCCACAUCAAUUCAACCCUUCCCACUUCCUGGAUGCUGAUGGGAAUUUUGCUAGGAGAGAGGCAUUCAUUCCAUUCUCCGUAGGACGAAGGGCUUGUGUUGGAGAAGGCCUGGCCAAAAUGGAGCUGUUCCUCUUCUUCGCAGGCUUGCUCCGCAAAUUUGUUUUCCAGCCCCCUCCAGGGGUGAACAAAGCAGAGCUAGAUCUCAGUGCUGACGUCGGCUUCACUCUGAACCCCAUGCCUCACCUGGUCUGUGCUGUGCCCUGCAAAUGAUCAGACAACAUGGACGUAGCGUAGUGGGCAAUUCAAGCUUGAACGCAAGUCUAGCUCCAGGGGGAAAAGCUGUCUGCCUGAGCUUUAGGGAAAGGGCACUGGGUUCUGCUGUUUGUCUUUUGUUCAUAUGAUCCUUUCCAAGAGCUCUUGUACCCUCUGUACGAUGCAAACCCUUCAGACACCUCUGAGCACUGCUCCCACGUUCAGCACGACCCACCCCCGGAAUACCAGAGAUGCAGUUUUCAGGGCUAUUUCAAAGAAUGACCUAGUUUUGAGCCUCCUUUACAAACAACCCACCAGGGGAAGCUCCAUGGGAGUUUCUCAGCCUGAAUCCCAGCUGUAUAGCAGAGCUGGUUAUCGAUGGCCCAGCUGGAGACAACAGACCCUUAGAGUGUCUGGAAGUCUCCCUGAAAUAACUGUUGAGCCGAGCCUUGGACUGAGCUGCCAUUGUGCAGCACAGCCUUAUCUUUAUCACAGCGUCGCAGACACUCGGGUGUGACACGGGCUGAUGCCAAGAGCCAGGCAUGGGUCAGUUAUCAAGAAAUUGCUAAGUGGUUUGGAAAGUGGGCUCAUUCCACAUUGCACUGGAUGUUUUAUACUAAAGAGCCUAUUUAUUAGGGGGCCAGUCUUGCAGCUUUCACGCUAAGGAAGGCAUUUCUCCCAUUCCCUUGCCCCUCCUGGCUUUGACUCAUGUCCAGCCACACUCUAGACCAGCUCUGACCCUACACUGGCAGAAAAUAAGCAGCCACAGAAAGUGAGUGGUUUCUGAACCAGCACAUGUGAUGCUGCACACAAGCCUGAGGCAGUGCUGUGGUCACCUGCACGGGAACUAGUGUUACAAACACAGGGCUGAAAAUGCUCACACUGCCAGAAAAGACCCUGCAGUGCUGACAUAAUCCAUAGGAUUUUUCCCAUAGCCACUAAAAACUGUAAAACUGGAAAGAGAGGUGGGCUAGAGCUUACUACCCAGCCUGUUACUGUGCCAUGAGUUUGGUGCAUGGGGUCUGUGCACAGAGCUGGUGUCAGCAAAGAGGGAAGCCUUCCUAGGGCGGCUGCUUGGUUAGAACUGUUAAUGAUUAUCUUCUGGAGCAGCCAUUAUGUGUACGAAAAAGGAGCUGUGCUGCAGAGGGAAGGUGUGAAACCUGAAUGAUGGUGCGGGUAAGAGAGGGGGCUUUGUCUGUUAACACAGGCAGGAAACCAGAUGUGGGUUAGAGAGUGGUGAGUCACUGAAGAUGCUUUGUGUUGCUUUGGAAGCAAGAAAGGCAAGUCAGGAUGGAAAGAAAAAAGGGAGAAACUGACAGUUACAGAGAUUGAGGGGGUGGCUGGGGCAAGUCUAGCACACAAUGUUACUGUCAUCUGAACCUGAUCUGUGCUACAAGUGGAAGGAAAGAAAGGAGCAAGAGAAUAUGAAGAGAUGACAAAGUAGUCACUGUUCAGCCAAGGCUCUGACUCUUCGCAGCUUUAGUUCACAACUAAGGGCAGCACUCUGGUAGCUGCACUGUGCUUUGUCCCAGUACUGCACUCGUACAUUCCCUGCGCUUGUGCUGGGGCUGCACUUUCACUUGUGCUGUGCCUUGGGGCCAGCUCCAGCUUCCGAUCCAGCUCAAGGAAUCUGCUGAACAAGCUGUGUAACAAGAAUGCCUUUGCUGCUACUCUUGCUUACAUUCAUUUUUCUGCUGCUUUGUUUGCAGUCUAAGUACUGCAAGUUUGACCUUAGCUCCUACUUAACAAAUAAAUAUUUUGCUCUGUUGCUGUUUAUCUAUCUGGCAUUGCAGGAUGAAGUAGAUUUAGGGUCAAACUGAUAAAGCUAGGCUGCACCUCCUUUUGUACGCCCACACGGAGUGCAGGGAUCCCUGGGCAACACGCAGCCAGAACAUGUUUAACAAUACAAAGUGUGAGCAAUGCCCAGGGCCACAAACAGCUCCAAGGAAACCAGGCUGUUUCUAGAAAGUCACAACCAAAAAGGCUUCUUCACUGCUUUGAUAAUUGUCCCUUCAAAAGUAUCUCUUUUCCUAAGCAUGUGUGCAGUCCACAAGUUGAUGCCGUUUACAAGAAGGGAAGAAUUUUCAGAGCUGAUUAUCUGGUGAACUGGAGUCCUCCAAGACCUACAAGAUGCUGAAGAUGCCAUGCCAGGCCUUUUCUUGCAUUGAUUCCAAGGAGACAGACAAGCAGUUGAGGUGUCUUUGAGUUCUGGACAUCAUAUUUCUAAAAGGAUUUACUUGCAGAGAAUUUGGGAUAGGAGGAAGUGAAAACAGUGAUGGUGAAGGAAAACCCUCCACAUAGACACCGGCAUGGAAGAUGUGUCUGUUUGCCUUAACGAGGCGAUGGAGAAGGGAGGAAGGAAGGGCAGGCCCACACAGUGUCCCAGAGAUGAUUGGAGUCAUCUGCUGCCAUCAACCUUUCCUCAUCGCAGAGGAAAAAUGGAAAACUAAAGUGAAUGGCAACACAUUUAAACUAAUAAAGGAAACAGAUUUUUUCUGCCCGUUAAAAACUCUAACACCGGAGAAAGGAUUCAGCUCCGUGUUCUUCGAGGUAAAAGCCAGGUAGGGAAGAAAUAGGGAUGCACUGCUCGCAGUGCUCACCUGGAGCCCGCGCGGUGCCGCUGCCUGGCAGGGCUCUGUGCUGGGUGCCGGGCAGGGCAGCACGUAGCAGCGUGGCUCUGGAGCAGAACACGUACCAGACGGGUUAUUGAGACAGGAAUUUCUUGUCAUCACAACAGCUUGACUUACCUUUGUCAUCUUAAUGCAUUGCACUCAGAGGUUGGUAGGUUUAAAAAAACCCAACGCGCUCUCCCCCCCCCUCCCGGCCUUUCAGACAUAAUUUAAAUCUCUCUCUGAAAGGCUUUUUUAUUAUUUUGGCGGCUCCCAGGGCAGGGAUGACAUACCAGGAGCACGGCAGUGGCACGUAGCUCUCCAGUCAGACCAAGCCCUGCGGGAGCACACACAGAGCACAGUGCUGUGCCCCCGCUCUGCACUCCGGCCCCGCUCUCCUGCUUCGCACCCCUACUGCUCUGUGCUGGCUGCAGCAGGGCUGAGUCACACAAGGCAUGCUCAAGAGAAAACCGUCGCCUCCAGCCCAUUUCUUGGAAACUAAUAAAAAAUCCCAGAAAUGUUGCAACACAUUCACUGCUUCUGCCACACCGCCACAUCUCUGCAGCACGUGUGCACCAGAGCUGCUCCAGGACCAUGCUACUGCCCCCUGCACAUCAGGCCUGCUGCCUUCAUAACCCUCUUUGUUCUCACAAUGCUGAGGACACACUGCCGAAUAACAUCCCCUACACAAUCAAAGCUUUGGAUAAAAGGAGCUUUGUGCUUCCUGAUCGCAUCACGACAGACCUUUCUUCCCUCAGCAAAUGUAUUCCAUGGACGGUUCAUUCCCAGCAUCCCUCUGACAGCCACGGCUCAGCCUGACAGACUUCAGUCCCUUCUGCAGGGGAUGGGAACCCUCAGGAGGAAUGCGUGCUCCAGGUGUUUCAUAUCUUUGACUCACAAUAGUCCCAUUCUCCAUCAUGCUCAGGUUCUGCAGCUCUCCAGCUCAGCUAGCUUCAUUAACUUCAUUAAUUUCUCCCCUCUGUCUCUUAGAAGCUGCUCUUUCCAAAUGAGGAACCCC